UUCACGCAGUUUCAGUUCGCUCAGACCAUGAUUUUCACCAUCGAGGAGAUCAACAGGAAGCAGAUUCUGCUGCCCAACAUCACCCUGGGUUACCAGAUCCACGAUGGCUGCGGAGAUCCGGCCAUGUCCACCAAAGUGACCACUUUGCUAAUCAGCGGGCAGGAAGCGACGCUGGCUGACCCCAAGUGCAAGACCACCACCAACAUCCCGAUCAUCGUCACGGACGCGGAGUCCAUGCAGUCGGUAGCUGUGGCGAGAGUCAUCACCCCUUUCAAUGUCACCAUGUUUAGUUACUCCGCCGCAUAUGACUAUCUCAACAACAUGUAUGAGUUCCCAACGUUCUUCCGAACCAUUCCCAAUGACUACCACCAGGUCGAUGGUUUAGCCCAGCUUGUCCAGUAUUUUGGAUGGAAUUGGAUCGGGACCAUCAGGAGCAACACCACGUACGGAGCCCUGGCAAUGGACGAGAUCAUCAAGAGUAUGAAGAGCUUCGGUAUCUGCAUCGCCUUCUCGGAGGCGGUCCAUAAAACUGACUCCAAAGACAAGCUCCUGGAUCUCAUCAACACCAUCAAGCGGGCCACCACGAGGAUCGUCGUUGCCUUUGUCGCCCAGGCCGACAUGGCAGUACUGCUCAAAGAGAUUGUCCGCCAGAAUGUGACGGGGAUCCAGUGGGUCGGCAGCGAGUCCUGGGUCACAAUGCCCAACCUCUCCCCCAAAGAAGCAGCCAGAUUCCUGGCCGGGACGGUAGGCUUUGCCGUUCCCAGGGCAACGCUGCCAGGAUUGAAGGAAUUCCUUCUCGAGGUCCAUCCCUCAAAAUAUCCAGAGAAUGAUUUUGUGGCCGAAUUUUGGGAAACUACAUUUGAGUGUUCAUUUGAGAAGCCAGUGAACUUCAGUCAAGAGAACGGAGGGACUCGGGGAAAAAUAUGUUCUGGUGCAGAAAGGUUGGAAAAUAUACAUAAUCAGUACACGGAUGUGUCGCAGUUGAGGAUAGCUUACAACGUCUACAAGGCAGUGUAUGCCAUAGCACAUUCACUCAACAGCAUGCUAAUAAAAACCAACUUCACCUACUCACAACUCGACCUUUGGGAGCUACUUCAUCAUAUGUAUGCAAUAAACUUCACAGCUAAGAAUGGGGAGUACAUAUAUUUCGACGAAAACCUGGAUACAGUCCCGUUGUACGAACUGGUAAACUGGCAGUCAAAUUCUGAAGGAGUGGGUCACAUUGUUACAAUUGGAAACUAUGAUGGACUUCUAGAAUUUGAGAAAAGACUGCACAUAAGCAAAGAGGAUAUUAUUUGGAUUGAUGGAAAGAAAGAGGUUCCACGUGGAGUUUGCUCUGACAGCUGCCUUCCCGGCACAUGGAAAACGGUCAAAAAGGAAAUGCCAUUGUGUUGUUUCAUCUGCAUCCCAUGUGCUGAUGGGGAGAUCAGCAAUGUGACAGAUUCAGUGUCUUGCCUGAAGUGUUCUCCAGAGUUCUGGUCCAAUGAGCUGAAAACCCAGUGCGUGCCCAAGAGAGUCGAAUUCCUUUCCUUUGAUGAUGAGAUGGGAAGUUCGCUUGUGACCCUGGCAGUAAUCGGAGCCUUCUUAACCAUGGCAACGGCUGUCGUUUUUUACAAACACAAAAGCACGCCUCUUGUCAAAGCCAAUAACUCGGAGCUGAGCUUCCUUCUUCUCUUUGCAUUGACCCUAUGCUUUCUCUGUUCCCUCACCUUUAUCGAUCGCCCUUCCACCUGGUCCUGCAUGUUACGCCACACGGUUUUCAGUAUCUCAUUCGUCCUUUGCCUCUCUUGUAUUCUGGGCAAAACCGUUGUGGUGUUGAUGGCCUUCAAAACCAGACUCCCCAACCGCAAGAAGAUUAAAUGGUUUAACCCCAUGCACCAACGGCUGAAUGUCUUUAGUCUUACCUCUGUUCAAACCGUCAUCUGCAUCAUUUGGCUCACCUCCUCACCUCCGUUCCCUGUCAACAGCACAAAGUACUACAAGGCUAUCAUCAUACUGGAGUGUAAUGUUGGCUCCAUGGUCUACUUCUGCUGCGUGUUCAGCUACAUUGGUGCCCUUGCAUGUCUCUGUUGUGCCCUUGCAUUUUUAGCUAGGAAACUGCCCAACAACUUUAAUGAAGCCACCUUCAUAACCUUCAGCAUGCUGAUAUUCUGUGCCGUGUGGAUCACCUUCAUCCCCGCGUAUGUCAGUUCCCCAGGGAAGUACUCAGUGGCCGUGGAGGUUUUUGCAAUCUUGGCGUCCAGCUUUGGUCUGCUCUUCUGCAUUUUUGCUCCCAAGUGCUACAUCAUCUUGCUCCAGCCGGAAAAAAACACCAGAAAAUAUUUAAUGCAGAGAGGGAUAAAACAAUGA